AUGCCGUCACGACAGACAGGCCCUGGUUCCAAGGCAGAAGACCAAGCAAGGCCGGGCCGCGGUGGCUGGGGGCCAACAUGGGCACACACUCACGCCUCAACAACCUUCUGUCAGCUUCGUCCUGGACUCAUAUAUCUCAGCUGGUUGUCCAUUCGUAUUGCGCCAGUUUGCUGUUGGACACGUUUUCCUUGGGUGCUGCUCGAAACCGUCUCUUGCUGUUUGCUCCCUCAUCUACUGUACCUGUCUAUCCAACUAUAUAUAUCCUCCCAAACCCCCCACCCACCAGACCAGACGGAUCGGCGCACGAAUCACAGCCUGAUCGCAAACCACCAGUCCAAACCCACAACCAACUCCCCCAAUCCAGCCCCAGCGCACUCCCGACAAACCCUCACCAUGUGUCUCGUCAAAGUGCGCAAAGAAGAAGAAGUCGACGUAGUCCCCUACCGGCGCGUAGUCCGGCGCGACCCCUCCCCAAGACGACACUCGCACCAAUCUGUCCGCCGCAUCUCCCGCACAGAAGUGAUCCGCGAGCACGAAUCCCCCCGUCCAUCCGCAUCCUACAUCGCAGUGCCCGCCCCGAAACCCCUCCCCAUCCCCGCUCCGCAGCCCGCGCCCGUCUUCUACGAACAGCCCGCGCCUCCACCUCCUCCGUCAGUCUCUCACCACCAUCACCAGGACCGCGCGCACUACGUCGAAGUCACGCCGCAUAGCCCCCGCAGCUCGUAUAGCAGUCACUCGCCGAGUCGCGCGAGCGACUACGUGGUGCAUGAGCGCGAGUAUCGGAGGCAGCAGCGCAGAGAUUAUAGCCCCGAGGAGAGGAGUCCACGGUAUGAGCAUUUUCGGUAUGUAGAGGGGCCUGAGAACGAGCGGUAUGAGAGGAGGAGGAGUAGGAGUCGCGUUAGGAGUGUGAGUCGGGGACCGCCUUCGUCGGCGGAUUAUGGGGAGAGGGUUACGAGGGAGAGGGUUAGUGUGCAUGUUGGGGAAGGGAGGAGGAGUAGAGAUUACAGGGGGGAUUAUUAUCGGUGAGGGUGGGAGUUGUUCAUUCAGAAGGAGUUUUUGGAGGAAUGGGGGGGUUUCUUUUCUUUUCUUUUCUUUUCUGUCUGUUACGUUUUGAUGAGUUUUGUUUUGUUUGGCCUUGAGCGUGGCGUAUGGGUAUGAUUAUGAGGCAUGUUUUUUCUCCUUCUCUGUGGAUUGAUGGGAUAUCUUCUUUGAUCGUAUCCCGUCUGAACGAGGGCUUUUUAUUAUCCUUGACUUCUAUAUUCUCUAGUUUGAUGAAGGAUUGAGUGGCAGUAUGUUUAUAUCUCUCCCGGCAACUCAGUGUAAACAAAAGAAACAUAGCUAGCCCGUGUAUGACAUCAGUCUUUUCAAUGUUCCUGCACCGCCUUUUGCGGCUC